GGGGCGCGCGGUGCUGUCGCACCGGGGUCCGGCUCAGACUCAGGAUCUGCUGCGAAGUACUGCAGGGAAAGACGCUGCUAACUCGCCUUUAUAAACCAUCGAGGGGGGGGAAAUCGUUUCUUUUCAAAUUCCUGCGACACCUUUUAAAUCAGUGUAAUGGUACCGGGGAGGUGGAGCUGCCGUGUACCUUAAUUAUACAUGAGCCCGGGGCAGAUUCGUAAAACUGGCAUUUCCAGAGGCAUUCAUGGCUGCGUCUGUGACGGACGUGCAUUGCCCCGUUACUUUGACUCGUUUUUUGUAUUUUUUUUGCCCUAAUUUUUGAUCGUGUUCGGGGGGGUCGUUUGCACGGGUUUAUUUUUUCAGCGCCAUGACCCACUCCGGCGGUUCGGGGUGCAAAGGGGGCAAGGCUGCCGCUCCAGAUCGGGUAAAUAGGAAUGUUUUACAGUAGCGCGGUGCUGUGUUAUGCGGCGUCCGUACGCGCCGAACGGAGAUCCUCGCCUUCCAGCGGCCAUCGCGGCUGCUUUUGCGCGACCCUGCAGUGACGCCUGACUAGUUACUUCCUACCUCGCAAAAAUAAUAAUAAUAAUAAUAAUUAAUAACUAAACCAAGGUACGGCGGCAUUCAUGGAAGGCAGCCGCUUCUCCCGGCUGAAGAGACGGUGUAAAUGGCCUGCCAGCAGACCGUGGGACUUGGAAAGCGACGAUGCUGACAGGACUGGUGUCGGCCGGACCGCAGAAUGGCAGGGGUCUAGGGCGUCCUAACUGCGGCUGCACGCCAUGCGGCGGCGUCUUUGAGCCCGACACAGCGCACCGCUCCGUACGUGUCGAAUAUACAUAUAUAUAAUAUAUAUGCAUUUUAUACAUAGCUGCUGCGUAUAGCCUCCAAGAGCAAGGAUGAUGUCUAAAGCGGCAACUAAGGAGAAAAAGUCCUUCGGAAAGAAGCUGUUCCGAAGGGGCUCCGUGCGCUCCGUGGGCAGUUUCAUGAGCAGGGUGCUGAAGACCCUGUCCACCUUAUCUCACUUCGGCACCGAGGAGCACGUUGUGGAGAAUGAGAAGGACGACGGCGGCUUCACGGUGUUUAAGAGCGGGGGUAAGGGAGCCGUAACCCCGGGCGAGGGCGAUCGCGACGGCAUCGGCGGCGACAGGGUGCCCGGGCUGUCCGGGCUGAAGAACCACGGGAACACGUGCUUCAUGAACGCCGUCCUGCAGUGCCUGAGCAACACGGAGCUCUUCGCAGAGUACCUGGCGCUGGAGCAGUUCCGGGGAGGGGGUGUCGGGGCGCAGGACGAGCUAGAGGACAAGGACGACAAGGGGAUCGUACAUGGGCAGAAGAAGGAUGCUCCGGACGGCGGGGAGGUCACCGAGCAGCUGUCCGGGCUGGUCCGAGCCCUAUGGACCUUCGAGUACACCCCUCAGCACAGCCGGGAGUUUAAGAACGUUGUGUCAAAGAACGCGCUGCAGUACAGGGGUAACGCCCAGCAUGACGCCCAGGAGUUCCUGCUCUGGCUUCUGGACCGGGUUCAUGAGGAUCUCAACCACCUCGUCCACCCCAGCAACAGAUCCUCCAUCAAGCCGCCCCUGGUGGAGGAUGACAGAUCUCUUGAAGGACCCACUCUGCCCCUGUCCGCUGGCUCCUUCGUGCAGGAGCUCUUCCAAGCCCAGUAUAGGUCGUCGCUCACCUGUCCACAUUGCCAGAAGCAAAGCAACACCUUCGACCCGUUCCUCUGCAUAUCCCUUCCGAUCCCCCUACCUCAUACUCGGCCCCUGUACGUGACUGUGGUGUACCAGGGGAAGACGUCUCACUGCAUGAGAAUCGGAGUGGCCGUACCUCUCCACAGCACUGUGUUCCACUUGCGAGAAGCUAUCUCCGUGGAGACCAAGGUGCCCCCAGACCAGAUCGUCUUGUGUGAAAUGUAUUAUGACGGCUUCCAGCGCUCAUUCUGUAACGACAAUGAGGAUCUUAAUAUCAUUCAAGAAAGCGACUCGAUCUUUGCAUUUGAAACGCCGGAAACUUUCAGACCGGAAAAUGCUUGGGCUCAAAGAGGAAGCCUGCAGACAAACCUAAAUCAGAACAACUUGAAGUAUUCAGCAGAGAACAACAGGACGGCCUCGUUCAUGCAGGGUGCGGUGUCACCCAAUAAGAACUCUGACAAAAUCAUCUUGCUGGUGUGCAACAGGACCUGCACUGGCCACCAGGGCAGGAGGUUUGGCCACCCGUUUGUGCUGCACCUGGAGCGCACAGUGUCCUGGGAGGGGUUCCAGAAGGAGAUCCUGGAGAAAAUGAAGCACCUGUUGAGACCAGGGGUCGGUGCAAAGGUGGGCCUCUUCAGCUUGCGUGUGGUGGGGGUGGUGGGAAUCACCUACCUCCUUCCCCAGGAGGAGCAGCCGUUGAGUCACCCCACUGUGGAGAGGGCCUACAAGGCCUGUGGGCUUGGCGGACCCGCCCAUGUCAAGGUCGUGGUUGAAUGGGACAAGGACACCAGGGAUUAUCUGUUCGGGAGCCUGGAGGAGGAGUACAUCCCGGACGCGGAGAGCGUGCGGCUGCACCGCGAGCUACACAGCCAGCCCCAGGCUUGCAGCCUGGCACAGUGCCUCCAGCUCUACACUAAGGAAGAGCAGCUGGCCCCAGAUGAUGCCUGGCGCUGUCCCCACUGCAAGCAACUGCAACAGGGGCGUAUCAAGCUCAGUCUCUGGACCCUGCCGGAUGUCCUCAUCCUGCACCUCAAGAGGUUCAGACAGGAGGCAGACAGGAGAGUGAAGAUCCAGAAUGUGGUGAGGUUCCCCCUAGUGGGGAUGGACAUGGCGCCCCACAUGGUGAAAAGGAGCCAGAGCAGCUGGAGCCUUCCAUCGCAUUGGUCACCAUGGAGACGACCUUACGGGCUUGGCCGCGACCCCCACGACUACCUGUACGACCUGUACGCCGUGUGCAACCAUCACGGCUCCAUGCACGGGGGACAUUACACAGCUUACUGUAAAAACUCCGUCGAUGGACAGUGGUACUGCUUCGAUGACAGUGACGUCCAGCCCAUAGCGGAGGAACAAGUUUGCAAGCAGACAGCGUAUAUCCUUUUCUAUCAACGGAGAACUGCCAUUCCUUCUUGGUCGGCUAACAGCUCUGUUGCAGGUUCCACCAGCUCCUCGCUAUGCGAGCACUGGGUCAACCGGCUCCCGGGUAGCCGGCAGGCCAGUGUGGCUUCCGGCGCCUCGUCCAGACGCACCUCCCUGGCCUCGCUGGCGGAGUCUGGGGAUUUCCCCGGGGAGCGCAGUGAGGAUGACGGAGGAUUCUCUAUCCGGCCUUUCGUGAGGAGCGUUCAGCGGCAGAGUCUGUCUUCAAGAUCAUCCUUAGCCAGCCCCCUGGCUCUUAAUGAGAAUGGGAUCAAGCCCUCGUGGUCCCUCUCAGCCAAACUCCACCUGAGGUCCAACUCUCCAUCACGCUUUUCCUUAGACUCCUUUUCCUCAUCCUUAGAGAGGAUAGGAGAGACUUGCGACGACAAAGUGUCAACGUCCUGUUUCGGCAGCUACAGCAGGCAUGAGCGGCAGGCGAAUAAGGCUCCCCUGGCAAAGAUGGAGGGCAUCACCAGCGACGAGGGCAACGGUACGGAGUUUGUAGACGAGACCUACUGCAGGGCUCCCAUUCAGCCAGACAAGAAGAGCUUCAAGGCCGACCAGGUUGACAACAGCAACCAGCUUCCAGGUGUGGAGCAGAAAAAAAGUGGGCAAGGAAACCCCACCAAGGAGCAGAAGCGAAGGAGCAUUUCUGGAGGGUCAGGCCCAAAAUCGGAGAGCUCAGGCACCAAGAGGAGCUCUGCUAAGAUUGCGUCGGACAUGGAGAAGAUCUCCAAGAAGCGCCUGGGCGGCAUCUCUGCUUCUAAGUCCCCCUCUUCCCCGGUCUCAUUCAGCCCCCGAUCUAAGAGCUCCACUAAAGUGUCUAACCUGAAGGACAAGACUGACUCUGCAAAGAUCACGAGGUCCCCAUCCACUGGGACACCUUCUAAGAAGGUAUCUGCCAAGGGUCAGGAAACACCACAACCAGGGGCCACCCAACAGAAGCAGCGUAUCUCAUCCAUGCCCAAAUCUUCCGUGUCUGCCUCACCCCCUGUUAGGAAAACCCUGUCCGGGACCGAGAGGAUUUUGGCGACUGGUCGGAGCAAACUGGAGAAGAGUGCCAGUCAGGACUCCCCCCGGACCAGCCCUUUGGUAGACAAGGCCAAACCAAGCCCUGUGGCCCGGGCCUCACUGCCCCGAGGGGCCGACGGCAGCCGUCUGGAUAAGCGACUGCGAAGCUCCAGCAGCAGCUCCUCCGUCACCAGCCUCCGGUCACCAAGCGUCUCCUCUAGGGAACUCCACAGGAACAACAAAUCUGAGGACAAGGGAUUAUCCUUUUUUAAGUCUUCGCUGCGACAAAAGGAGACGCGCAGGUCCGCAGACUUGGGCAAGACUGGCAUGUUUGCUAAGAAGGCUUCUGAGGGGGCCGCUAAGGGGGGCGCUAAGGGGGGCGCCCUGGCCAACGGCUCGCUAGGGACCAGCGACAGCUCCAGUAAGCCGCCUCUAAAGGCGCCCCCAGGUUCCCAGGCAUUCAAAGGUUCGGACAAGGAGAGGUCUCCCAAGACCUCAACCCCCGUCAAACGCUCGGCUUUAUCUCAGUGCAAAUCGAAGUCUUCCACCCCUGAGAUGGGACAGCAGUCUCCCGCAAAUGGGAAUAAGCUACUUGAAAAGACUGCUUCCUCUAGAAAGCUUUCUUCCGGCAUGCAAUCGUCUGCAAGACUAACACAGAAGCCUCAGUGAUCUAUGAAUAGUGAUUUUAGUUUUCCUGCAAUGCAGCUAUUUUUAUGUGCCUAAUUAUAAAUAUAUGUAUAAUAUAUACAAUUACAAUAUAAGAAUAUAUAGUCUAUAUUUUUCUUUUCUUAAAGAGAACUCAAUUCUGUAGAUUAUGAAAGCGCCUUUAUAUCCUACCAUCAAGCCAAAUAAUUGCCAAAAUAAUUGGCAAAAUCUGGUACAAAGUCCGCUACUGUGCACAAUCAAAUAUUUCACUCAUGAAUGUUUGCUUUUCUUUGUGUGUGUAUGUGCUUGUUUUAUUAUUAUUAUUUUGCCGAAACAGUGGAAAUACAGACUUCAAUGUUGAUUGCAAUGCUACUUAAGUUUUCCAUGCUCUUUCAUGCUUUGAAACGUCUGAGGUCACUUUAAUAUUGGUUUGCAGGACAAAGAUCACCUUCACAUGGGUUAAAAAAAAAAAAAUGUUCUGACUUAGUGGUAAUUAAGAGGCAAUGUCUCACAGUAAAUGUCUUUGUAUAGUCCUUCACCAACACACUAAGUAUAUACAAUAUUCCCAACAGUACAGGGUUGUUCAACAUGAAUAACAUAGGUAGUUUUAAAAAGUUUUAAAUAUUUAUUAUUAUUUUUUUAAAGUGCUCUUGGCUGGAGUUUCACUGGUUUGUGUGAAUUGGUAGAUGGUGCUGGGAUUGGGACACUAACCUCCAUGUCCACACCUAGCAUUUAUUCUGUUAGUCUUUGACUUUGUCACAUGGUUUGUUGCCUUUGCGAUCGUAAGAAAACCACCUGCAGAUGACACGCUGUAAUUGAGUUAUUUAGCUGCAUUAAUCCAAAUGCGUCCUAUAAAAGUCUGAUAUAGGUCCAUCCUGAAUGUUCUGUUAGCCAGAUGCAUUUUAGCGGCGCCGCUUUUUCCCUUCUGGGACAUGAUGUCAUCCCAGUAAGACGAGUGCUGGAGUAAAGAGCGAGCUUCCAGAUUGAAAUGUUGCUGUGUCUGUCACUCUUUACGUUUGGCAUAAGGAAUUUAACCUGCUGUUUCCACCUGCUGACGAAAUCUGUUUAUAUAAACAGAUGUUGCAUGCUGCUGGCAUAAAGGCCACUAAUGAUUUCAGGUGCUGAGCAUGUUUUUUGAAACUGCACACAUCCCUGUGCUUCUGGUCCUCGUGCCUGGCUCUAUACACCCUUCUCCAUCUCUGUGCGUCUGGUCCUCGUGCCCGGCUCUAUACACCCUUCUCCAUCUCUGUGCGUCUGGUCCUCGUGCCCGGCUCUAUACACCCUUCUCCAUCUCUGUGCGUCUG